CCUAAGAUGACGUCGUUCUAAGGUAGACGUGACAGGAAGAUCUGAUGGUACUUGGUUGCGAUCGCUAAAGUAUUGCUCUAGUUGAAUUGUGUUUUUGUUGCAUAGUGAAUUGUAUAAACAUAAACAUGGCAGGAGAAGAAGGUUCGUGGCGCACAGCAGCGUUUCGUCAAAGUGUUGUUUCCAAAAUAGAUGAAGCAAUUCAGAGAUCUGGUAUGCCAACAGCGAAGAACAGUGUUGAAAUGGAGAACCAUGUCUUUCAGAAAGCAAAAACAAAGGAGGAAUAUCUGAGCUUUGUUGCAAGACUUAUUCUUCAUGUCAGAGAACUGAAUGCAAAGAAAGGUCAAGGGAUGAAUGGCCCUGCUGGAGGAGCAGGGCAAACAAUGCAAGAUCCCAUAAAUGCACUCCAAACAUUGGCAAGGCAAGGCACUGGAAAUGCUCAGAUGAUUGGACUGGGUCCACAGGCUGCAGGCAUGGUACCACAGCCGCCAAAUCAAAUUCCUGCUAGUAACUUGUUACAGACUUUGAAUCAGAGACCAGGACAACCAUUGGGUGGUCUGACUUCAUUGCAGAAUAAAGUUCCAGACCUAGGCCUGGGGCCAGGUGCACAAGUUGGUGCUAUAGGGCAGAUGGCUGGACAGAUGCAGGCGCAGAUGCAGGGAGCCCAAAUGGGGCCCCAACUAACUGCACAGAUUCAGCAACAACAGCUUUCAGGACAGAUGAGAGUACAAAUGGCUCCUGGGCCACUGCAGAGCCAGAUGCAAGCUCAGAUGCAAGUCCAAAUGCAGACACAAAUGGGUACCCAGAUGGCUGGUCAAUUACCAAGCCAGUUGCAUGCGCAGAUUCCUCACAUUGCUCAGAUACAGGGAAGUGAUAAUAUGAUGAUGGCAAAUCAGGCAAGUGGUUUCGCUGGUUCACGACAGUUUUUAAGACAAAGUCCAUCACCAUCCGCUCCUUCACCAGCAGGACUCACUGCAGGGCCUGCAAGGUAUUAUGAUGACCUCAAUCAAAUGGCAGCAUCUCCAGCAUUGGUUCCAUCACCAAGUUCUCAGCUUACACCAAUGUCAGUGCCUCAAAGAUCAGUUGGAAUGGCACCCUCGCCAAGUAGUUCCUUAAACACUCCUGGCCCUGCAGUACCUACCCCAAGCCCCUGCAGUCAGCAGGAGGAUCAAGCUUAUAUAGAGAAAGUACGUCAACUCAGUAAAUAUAUUGAGCCACUUCGCAGGAUGAUUGCCAAAAUGGGAAAUGAUGAUGUUGAAAAGUUGAGCAAAAUGAAGAAGCUCCUUGAAAUAUUGUCAAAUCCUAACAAGCGAAUGCCACUAGAAACACUACUGAAGUGUGAAGUUGUUUUAGAGAAGCUUGAUUUUAAGAGGGGUGAGGGAAUUCUUCCUCCUCCAACUCACAUAAGUGCUUUGAAGGAGCAUAGUCUCUUCAACCCUUUGUUGGAGGCAGUUAGCAAUACUUUACAGAGUUCUUUUGCAAAUCACACUCUCCAGCGAACAUUUGGCCCAUGUUUAGAAGCAUUGUAUGGGCCAGAGAUUAAGAUGAUGCCACCACCAUUGAAGAAGAAGAAAGUGGAAGAGCAGCCAAAUGAUAUACCAGAUGUUCUGCAGGGCGAAAUUGCUCGACUGGACCAACGAUUUAAGGUUAGCCUUGAUCCAACACAGCAACCAGGUUCACGAGCAGUGCAGUUGUUGUGUUGGCUAGAUGACAAACAUCUACCAUGUGUGCCACCUGUAUCACUAUCAGUGCCUGAGGAUUAUCCCCAAACACCCCCUAGAUGCCAUAUGGCCCCACAUGAAUAUGGCUCCACGGGGUUCCUGGCAGCAGUUCGAGAAGCUUUGGCAUCACGCAUCCUGAAACUGCCUGGACGAUUUUCUGUGUCACAGUUACUUGAUACAUGGGAGAUGAGUGUUCGUCAGGCAUCCGCUCCAGCAACAGUUGCAUCCCAGACACAAAGCACGUCUGCUGCUACUCUUCUUCUUGGCCUUUGAAUGAUAUUUUCUGAACCACAUAGGCUGUUAUGAUUUGUUUUGCGUUGGAAAUUUUGUUGUAUAUAGUUUUCUGUGUGAUAUAUGUACGUUUUACACUGUUCUGUGUCAGCUAAAUGUCAGUGUAUAUUGUUUCAUUUUAUGCUUUCAAAAUUGUUGUGAGCUUCAGUUAUGAGAGAUCUACAAUUAAUUUAAACUGAUUUGAAGGGAAGGUAAAGUUAAUGCUAUUGGAACAGCUGUUUUAUUUAGCAAAAAAAAAAAAAAAAAAACACUCUUGAAGGCACUGUGCUAUAACUGUAUUAUUUUGUAUAUAUGUAAAUAUUAUCAAUAAAGUUGAGAGUACAUUACACUA